CAGUUGCUUUGAGAAACGAAAAACUCAAAUGGCCUCCUCUUCCUAUUUCCUUGUCAUCGCCCUUCUUGCAUUGGCCUCAUGGCAGACCAUGGCUUCUGAUCCGAGCCCUCUCCAGGACUUCUGCGUCGCCGAGAACAGCUCACAUGUUCUAGUUAAUGGAUUUGUCUGUAAAGACCCAAAGGAUGUGAAGGCCGAAGACUUCUUCUUGGCGGCCAAACUCGACAUGCCGAGAGACACAAAGGCGAACAAAGUUGGGUCCAAUGUCACUUUGAUCAAUGUAAUGCGGAUUCCUGGCCUCAACACAUUGGGCAUCUCCCUUGCGCGCAUCGACUAUGCACCUCUAGGCGAGAACCCACCGCACACUCACCCGCGUGCCACUGAGAUCCUCACCGUGCUUGAAGGGACCCUUUAUGUCGGCUUUGUCACAUCCAACCCAGACAACAAGUUCUUGUCGAAGGUGCUUAACAAGGGUGACGUGUUUGUAUUCCCAGAAGGUCUCGUCCACUUCCAAUUCAACCCUAACCCCUACAAACCAGCGGUGGCAAUUGCUGCACUUAGCAGCCAGAACCCUGGGGCUAUCACCAUUGCCAACGCUGUGUUUGGGUCAAAACCGGCAAUCUCAGACGAUGUUCUUGCCAAGGCGUUCCAAGUGGAGAAGAAGACUGUAGACUGGCUUCAGGCUCAGUUUUGGGCAGACAACCAGAACUAAUGAUGUCUUGCAUGGACAAACGUUGAAAAUAGAACUGUCUUGGAUCAUAUACAAUAUAUUUGUUUGUUUUAUUGUACUAGCUUCUAAAACAUUUAUCCUCUAUGGUUGAAAUACUCGAUUAAAUAAACUGUUGGUCUAGUUUUACAUGGCACAAAAUAAUAUUUCUAAGCAUACUCUUAAUUUAUUUAAGUUAUAACCCAUAAUCAACUAUAGCUCAGGUGUGGUGAGUACCUAGCAUGCAGAGCUUAAACUAUAGAAAAAUCGAGGAUAGUAC